CACGCUGUCACUUUAAAUCCCCCGCCACGUCACGAGUGACGUCACACACACACGCAGAGGAACACAACAAUGGCGGAUGCCAAUGCGGCGGUCCUGCUGGUGACCGUGUCGUUGGUCCUGUUGGGGCUGGUGGCCGGUCUCAGCUGGUCCUGGGCGCUGCUGCCGGUCGGCGUCGUCGUGUUUAUUUUCCUCCUGGCGCGCGGCCUGAAAUCACGCGACGAACUGGCGCACCUGAACGUGUGCGUGCUCGUGCUCGGGGACCUGGGACGCAGCCCGCGCAUGCAGUAUCACGCGCUGUCUCUCAGCAAACACGGAUAUAACGUCACCUUUAUCGGUUUCCUCGGCACCAAACCUCAUCAAGACGUUCUGGAGGAGGACCGGAUCGACAUCCUUCCCAUUGUGGAGCAUAAAGGCCUCCCAUUCGGCCCUAAAAUCCUCCGAUACGUCACCAAGGUGAUCUCUCAGUCCCUGCAGCUUCUUUACGUCUUGAUGAAGCUGGACGAUCAGGCGUACAUUCUUCUACAGAAUCCUCCGGGACUGCCGAGCAUCGCCGUGGUGUGGCUGGCGAGCCGCUUGAUCGGAGCGCAGUUUGUGAUCGACUGGCACAAUUACGGUUACUCCAUCAUGGCGCUGAGUCACGGCGAGAACCAUCCCAUCGUCAAGCUGGCAAAAUGGUAUGAGAAAAUUUUCGGACGUUUCGCCGAUCACAACCUUUGCGUCACGGAUGCGAUGAGGCGAGAUCUUUGGAAGAACUGGAAUAUUCGGGCGUCGACUUUAUACGACAAGCCGCCUUCGAUAUUCCGGGAAACACCAUUGAAGCUUCGUCACGAGCUCUUCAUUCGCAUGGCCAGCGCUUACCCACAAUUCAGAGCGUGUUCUGAAAACCAGGAGAACACGGAGCUGACCGCGUUCACCGAACGAAACACUAAAACCGGCGAAGUGACGCUAGCAGCCGGACGUCCCGCUCUUCUGAUCAGCAGCACCAGCUGGACCGAGGACGAAGAUUUCUCCGUUCUUUUAAAGGCACUCGAAGAUUACGAAGGGUUCGUAGAAGCAGGAGAACGUCUCCCGUCGCUCGUCUGCGCCAUCACAGGUAAAGGUCCUCAGAAGGACUAUUAUGAGAAGAUCAUCAACUCGAAAGAGUUCCAUCACGUUAAGAUCUGCACUCCGUGGAUGGAAGCCGAGGAUUAUCCAGUUCUGCUGGGUUCGGCCGAUCUCGGCGUCUGCUUGCACAAGUCCUCCAGCGGACUGGACCUGCCCAUGAAGGUGGUCGACAUGUUCGGGUGCUGUCUCCCUGUCUGCGCCAUACACUUCCGCUGUUUGGACGAGCUGCUGAAGCACGAGGAGAACGGCCUGAUCUUCAAGGACGCGGCCGAGCUGUCGGAGCAGCUGAAGUUGCUGUUCUCAGACUUCCCUAACGACCAGGGGAAGCUGAGCGUCUUCCGAAGGAACCUCAGAGAGAGCGUUCAGCAACGCUGGGAUGAAAACUGGGACCAAAACAUCCUGCCGCUGUUUAAGGAACACUGUGACUGAGCAGUAGCAGAAGUAGUAAUAAUAAUAAUAAUAAUAAUAAUAAUGAGGAAGGUGAUGAGGUCGCAGGGAUUCGUACAGGGUAAACAUUUACAUUCUGGGUUGUUGUUUUCUUUGUGUCUGUGUCAUUCCAGUAAUUCCAUUGGACAAAACUUGAACAUGAAGCAAAAAAGAAGCACACUUUGUGUAAAUACGAUGUACAUAAGCACUUUAUUACAUUUUUUUUUUUUUUGAGAUUCAGUCAGCAGCAUGCACGUUGAUGAUUUCUAUUGAAGACGUUCUGUCAUACGGGAAAACGUGCGUGACGGGAUUUGUAUAUGUGACGUGUUUCAAUCCAGCCUUUUCUGUACGGAGGGAAAAAAAAAAGACAAAGCCAUCAAGCCAUGUUACUGUUAACGUUAGCGUUACUGAUACUAUCUUGAUGAAUGCCUGUCAGUGUUGUUCAAUAGUUAUCGGUGUUCUUACUGACAUUAAACUCACCCAGUUCCUUCUUGAAGCCGGUGUAAGUUCCUGGGUUGCGGAUCGUCGAGGAGAUGAGAACCUCCGGAGCCUUUUUCUGACACUUCACGAGUUUCUCUAGUAGCCUGACCAGACAGCCAACGAGCUCAGGAUCGUAGACGACAUCUGUGUGUGUUAAAAGGAUUUUAGGGUGCGAUUAUAAUCUGGAUCGCUGUCCACUUUAUUAGAAUUUAAAUCAUCCGUGCAGUUCUUUAAUCAGCCAAUCAGGUGGGUCGAAGCAUAAGAGAGUCCGAGGUCUGAGAUGCCGGGAAGCAAGUAGUGACUCGUGUAAUCGCUUACAAUAUCUGUAUGAUUGUGUAAACUGUGCCACUACCACCUGAUUUGUGAUUGGCUGAUCAUUAUAUUGAAGUGUUCCUAUUGAAGUGGACAGAGUGCUUUUUUUUUUUAAAAAAAUAUAUAUAUAUAUAUAUUUCAACUUUUAAUACAUCUUCAAUUUCUUGUCAACCUCUUAAAACAACUAGAAUAAAGGAUUAAAAAGCUUCGCACCUGCUGCUA